AUGUCCCCAAGAUCCUACACCCUAGCCUUCACCGGCGACGUCAUGCUCGGCCGCCUCAUCGACCAACUCCUCCCAACCCACGUCCCCAACCCAACCGACCACUCCACAAUCACCAAAAUCGUCCAAGCCUACCCAUCUCUCAAAUCCUACUCCCAUCGUUCCCCCUGGGGCACCGCCCUGCCCCUCCUCCACGCCUCAGACCUCAAUAUCAUCAACCUCGAAACCGCUGUCACCACCGUGGACACGCCCUGGCCGAAUAAAACCUUCAAUUACAGGAUGCAUCCCUGCAACCUGGAGAUCCUGAAAGUAGCCCAGAUCAACUAUGUGAGUUUGGCCAAUAACCAUACACUGGAUUUCGGGGAGAUGGGGCUCAGAGAGACGGUUGAGGCCGUUCGGGGCGCGGGGAUCGGGUUUGCGGGUGUUGGGGAGGCGCCGGCGGUUUUGGGGCUGGGGUCUGAAGGGGUUUAUGGUGGUGGUGUUUCUUCUACUGCUGCUGCUGCUGCUGCUGCUGGGGGUGGUAAUGGUAAUGGUAGCAGUGAUGAGUAUAAAAUCCAUAUCUACUCCGCCUCAGACCACCCGCGCACAUGGUCCCAUAUCCCGCAGUUCAAUUUCAUAGAUUAUAGUCCCGCCUCGCGCGCAAGGCUCAAGACGCUCCUGACCCGCGGGGAGAAGCCCGCGCUGAAGAUUUUCUCGGUGCACUGGGGCCCUAACUAUGCGUGGCGGCCGGCCGGGGAGAUCCAGGCUCUGGCGCGGUUCCUGGUCGACGAGUGCGGGGUGGAUAUUGUGCAUGGGCAUUCGGCGCAUCAUUUGCAGGGCGUGGAGGCUUAUCACGGCCGGUGGAUUAUGUAUGGGUGUGGGGAUUUCGUGGAUGAUUAUGCGUUGAAUGCCGAGUUUAGGAAUGAUCUUGGGGCGCUUUGGAGGGUUGUGGUUGAGGAGGAUGGGAGGGGUGGGCUGUCUUUGGGUAGGUUGGAGGCUGUUCCGACGAGGUGUCAGUUGUUUGAGGUUGAGGUUUUGGGGGUGGAUGAUGAGGAUCAUGCUUGGGUUAGGAGGAAGGUCGGGGAGUUGAGUAGGGAGUUUGGGACGGUUGUUCGGGGGGAGUUGGGCAGGGAUGGGCAGGUUGUUAUGGAUUUGGGAUGA